AUGGCGGCUUGGCACCGGAUAACCGCCCUCUCUUCGCUGCUCCAAGUCGGGGUGUUGUUGUUGCUGUUCUCGGCUCCGAGCAGCGGGAGACCGUUGGAGAAAUGUGCCGGCGACAAGUCUUGCAUGUCCCCGAGACCCCCCGUGGUCCUCAUUCCGGGGGAUUUGGGGAACCAGUUGGAGGCGAAGCUGGAUAAACCCAGUGUGGUCCAUUACAUCUGCUAUAAGAAGACUGAGGACUUCUUCACUCUGUGGCUCAACCUGGAGCUGCUGGUCCCUGUAGCCAUAGACUGUUGGAUAGACAACAUGAGGCUGAUCUACAACAGGUCCACUCACACGACCUCGUCCCCACCGGGUGUGGACAUCCGUGUCCCGGGGUUCGGACAGACAUUUUCCGUAGAGUAUCUGGACCCCAGCAAACACUCUGUGGGCAUGUAUUUCUUUAGUAUAGUCCAGGCACUGGUAGACUGGGGCUACACCAGAGAUGUUGAUGUCAGAGCAGCUCCAUAUGAUUGGAGGAAAGCCCCCAAUGAGAAUAAAAAGUAUUUCCUGGCACUACAGAUUAUGAUUGAGGACAUGGCGAAGGCGGCUGGCGGGCCCGUGGUGCUCAUCGCUCACAGCAUGGGCAACAUGUACACCUUGUACUUCCUCAAUCAGCAGCCACAGGCCUGGAAAGACAAAUACAUUAAAGCUUUUGUCUCUCUGGGACCACCAUGGGCUGGGGUGGCCAAGACCCUCCGCGUGGUCACAUCUGGUGACAAUGACAACAUCCCAGUGAUUAGCCCGUUGAAGAUUCGCUCCCAGCAGCGUUCUGCUAUUUCCACCUCAUGGCUGCUCCCUUAUGCUCACUCCUGGCCCAAAGAUCAGGUUUUGGUGCAGACGCCUGCCGCCAACUACACUGUGCUGGACUAUAAGCGCUUCUACUCGGACAUCGGUUUUGAGGACGGCUGGCUGAUGCGGCAGGACACGGAGACACUGGUGGCUGACCUCACGCCCCCCGGCGUGGCCGUCCACUGCUUGUAUGGCAGCGGCAUCCCCACGUCCCAGGCCUUCCAGUACUCCGACAAGUUCCCCGAUGUGGAGCCCACGGUGGUGUACGGCGACGGGGACGGGACAGUGAACCUGCUGAGCGCCAUCCAAUGCAGGAGGUGGGUAGGAAAGCAGAAACAGCCUGUGACGUUGAAAGAGCUUCCAGGGAACGAACAUGUGAACAUGUUGCUGAACAUCACAACCGUGGCUUACAUCAAGACUGUGCUCUUCUCACCGUAAUGCUGGCAGAAACCCAGGGGCUGGCUUUUCUCUCUCUCUCACACUCACACACACACAUACACACACACACAGCCACACGAAGGACAGACAGGGACCCCUUCAUACCUCGCCUGUCUCUGAACCCGACUACCAAAAUAUUACCAUGUACAUGCACAUUGCAGAAAGGCAAAACUUACAUUUUGUAGUACAAUUGCAGAAUUGAAGUUUUAAAUUAAUUUUAUAGCUGUAAUUAUACAAUAAUUAUGUUAAUGUAAGCUUACUGUUGAGUUAUCCUAAGUACAGUGACUUUUAUAUUUGUCUCAGCGUGUAACGGAGCGGAAGAUUUUACCUACCAAAUCCAUGUUGUUAUGAUAAAGAACGUGUGUAUGUCCAAGUGAAAAAAACAGGGAUAUACUGUAUGUGCCACUUUCUGAUUUAUUAAUCAAAGUCUGAUCUUUUUAUCAAUGUUGUGAAAGAGAUUUCAGAAGUCCUUUGACUCUAAUGUUGUUAGGCAAAUGGUAAUGCACAUAUUGUGUUUGUAUCUUUCUCGGUGUAGCAGGUCACAUGUUUCAGUCCUUUGUAUAUGUUCAAAUGAGUUAAGAGACCUAAGUAGACUUUUUUUUUUUUUGCAUGCAGCCAAGCUGUAAGUCCCUGGUGGUUUGAGGGCUUUGUUUUUAUUGUGUUAUCCAUAUUACACUGGAACCAUACCUGGGAUAUGGAUGUUGAUUUUUCACUACAUCUCAGGUCUUAAUCAAUGAAAGGAGUUGGGCCCAUUAAUUGUGGUGGUUCUGUUCAUUGAUGAAGACCAUGAGACGCAGAUAAAAAAAGAUUAACAAGUGGACCUCGAGUUAAGAUUUUUAUUUUUAUUUUGUUCUGAAGAAAUGCACCGUUUGACUCAACAGUGAAACAAAAAGAUCUAAACCCAGGGUCCAAUUACUAGCUUUCCCCCCAGUGCUUUCCAAUGCAUCUCAUGUUCUUCAUCAAUGAGUGGAGUUUGCUCAGUGAAGAUACCUCAGUUGUACUGUCCCAAGAUCCAAUGAUGAAGAGCUUAAGGUAUAGAUGAGAGCACCAGAAAAUCUAGUAGGAGGCACUUAUUUUGUCAAGUGAGAGCUUACAAGCUCAAAUCCAUUCCGCUCCAGUUUGUUUGCUUUCUAAUUGGCUGUAUGUGACAAACGGAAAGCAAACAGCCAAAUUAGUGACAUGGUUUUUUUUAACUGACGGAAUCAGUGUAAAAUUAAACUAUCCACUAUUACUAUAUCUUCACUUUCCAUAUUCUAUAAAAUUGAUUUUAAUGGCCCAGGUUUGGUUUGAGCCAGGUGGCUGAUUAGGGGCACAUAUCUGGAUGUUUGGUUUUUUUAUAAUAUAAAUCUGAAUUUUUCAUCACUGUUUAUUUGCUAUAUUUUCAUUCAUGACUUUUUAAUUCCUUGGUCUUUCUGUUUAGACAGAGUUUAAAAACGUGCCUCCCUGUCCUUGUGGUCAUGCAGUCAGAAACUCUCUGACCCGAGUGAUUAUACUGUGCCAUGCAGGCCUCACUGGGCCAGACCAAGAUCAUAGAACUAAUUAUAAUAUCUGCUGUGAACUAUCAUACAUGUGUCAGCAACGUGUUGCCUUCAAUAGAGUAAAUCUUUCAAAUAAUACAGCCA